GAUGCUGGCGCUCAACUGUGCAGACCUUCAAGAAUCAUCACAACUAUUUGUGGGUGAGCAAGAAGGGAGGAAGGGAGGAAAGGGAACAACUGCCACCCCAGGCCUUUGCAACAUUUGGAUCAGUGGAGGAGGAUGCAGCAGUGUGUACGGUUUCGUAUCUGACUCAUUUGUUGAAGAUAACAUCUGAUGUAUGAUAAGAAGACAGAACAGAAGGUUGCUGCUUAGGUCGGCAUCGUGUACAAGUUUUAAAAAGAAAAUGUCCAAGCGAGUUAAAUGAGCCGGGAUUUCCAGUGGAUAUACUUUUGACACACUCUUGGGCGAAGAUGGAGAGUUGUGCUUUUCUGCCCUUCCUGGAGAAGUUCAUGAUGAGCCCACUUGUCACCUGGGUCAAGACUUUUGUUUCUCGUGACGAAGGCCAGCACGUGGACUUUAGUGAAUUACUGGAUGGAGUUUUUCUGAACGACGUCAUGAGCCAAAUACAUCCUCCAGCCGUACCUCAAGCUGCAAACAAAUUGAGAAAGGAUCCAAAUCAGAGGGUCCACAACUUGACCUUUCUUGUUCAGAAAAUCAAGACCUAUUAUCUGGAAAACCUGCGACAGUUGAUUAUGAUUCCUCUUCCAAAUGUGCUGCUGCUUUCAAGGACUCCUCACACUGAGCAAAGUCUGUUGGAAAUGAAGAAACUAUUGCUGUUACUCCUGGGAUGUGCAGUCCAGUGUGAGAAGAAAGAGGAGUACAUUGAAAUAAUCCAGACGCUUGACUUUGACACGAAAGCAGCCAUAGCUAUGCAUAUUCAAGAGCUAACCCACAGUCAAGACAACCUCCUAGAUCUGCAUUGGUUGGAGUGCAGUGAUAUGCCCGCUGUUGAGCUGGAGGUUGUCGCUAAGACUAUGGCUGUCAAUCUUCAGCACUUGCUGGACCAGAGGGACGCACAUCUGGAGACUAUAGCAGAGCUAACACCGGAAAGGGAAGGGGUGGUCCGUGUGCUCUGUAGCUCAUCCAGCCCACAGUCCGCCAUCUAUCCUCCCAGCAUGCAACAGCAGCAGCCGGGAACUCAGCAACACUUGGUGGUGGAGCUUGCCGACUCUAAGGCCAAGAUCAGACGACUUCGACAAGAGCUAGAAGAGAAGAGUGAACAAAUGCAGGACAACAGACACGAGCUUGAGAACGUGGAAGCAGAGCUAAAGAGGAUCCAGCAGGAGAAUUUGAAGCUGCUUGUAGAUGCCCGAGCAGCCCGCACCUACCGCGAUGAGCUGGAUGCACUGAGAGAGCGAGCGAUCAAAGCUGACAAAUUGGAGAGCGAGGUGGCACGCUAUAGGGAGCAACUGCACAAGAUGGAGUUUUACAAAGCCAAAGUGGAGGAGCUUAAGGAGGAUAACAGAGUGCUGCAGGAAACCAAAGAGGUGCUAGAAGAUCAACUGGCAGGCUGGAGGGCACGCUCAGAUAAAAUUCACCAGCUGGAGAAGCACAGCCUGUUGCUGAAGGCCCGGAUCCACGACAUGGAACAAGGAAGGGAUACAGAUCGUAAAUGCAUUGAGGAACUGCAGGAUGAAAACUUGACUCUGUGUUUAGCACAGAGGAGGAGCGUGGAGGAGUCCCAGCACCUGGGAUGGGAGUUAGAACAACUAUCGAAGACCACCGUAAACUCUCAGGGGCAGCAGACUUUCAGUGACGAGGUGAGCGAGCGGAUUCGUAGUCGGCUGUUGAAGUUGGAGAAGGAGAACAGAAGUCUCCUGAAGACUGUCGAGGAGCUCAGGGGUGUCUGUAUUCACAACAACGCACAGACCAACAAACACUGUCACCACAGUGAGAAGGAUCGUGUCCACCAGGUGGUCUGCUGCACUGACAAGUGGACAUCGUCAACGAAAGAAAACAUAAUGUCAUUGACUCCCUGCUCACAUGAGCAGAACUGCAGAAAUGUAUCCAACAUAGGUGCAGUGAAACAGAAGAUAUCCAAUACAGAUUCUCAAUACAAAGAGUCAGAGCAAGUCCACACAGAUGUCCACCUCUCAGCUAAUACAGCCCGUCAUAUUCAGGAGAAAGGACAGGUAGACGGCAACGACAGCGGAGAACAUUUUAAGGCAGUUAUGUCUGACCUGCAAGUGUAUGAAAAUAGUCACAAUGCUGCCCAUUAUUCUGUGGGAUCAAACAAUCCCUCUCCUGGCUCAAGAAGCAGCAGCUGCAGCCAUGACAGCACAUUCAUGGGCCUGCCAGCACGCUUCGCUAAUGCCAACAAGCACACAGAGCGUUUGGAGGCCAAAUGCAAGGCCCUGGACUCCAUUAAUCAACAACUGCAAACUUCCCUUGGUAACACUGAGCGAAAAAUCCAACAAUUGGAAGCUGAGGUUCAAGAACUGGAGGCAGACAACCAGAGCCUCCAGGCCAGUUUAGAGGAACUCCGGAUUACUGUGCGCCGUAUGGAGCAAGUGGAAAUAGAGAAGCAGAGUUUGGAACAAGAAACAGCAGCAUUGGAGAAGGUGAAGAGGCAACUGGAGAAGGAGAAUCGAAGACUGCGGCAGCAGACUGAAAUUCAAGAAGCCAAUUUAGAUAGCAGUAAUGUCUGCAUGGCGAGCCUGGAAAGGGAAAUGCGCUGUCUGGUGAAGGAGGUGGAGGAGUUAAGGGAGACUGCCGAGAGGGUCAAAAGGCUGGAGAGAGACAACAGAGAACAGGCCAAGCAAGCUGAUAUCGACCAGAGGACCCUGGACACGUUUAGAGAGGAGCUUGUUAGUGAGAAACUGAAGACCCGGCAGAGAGAAGAUGAACUAGAGCGUCUGUCCCAUGAGCAGGAGAUGAGGAUUCUCAACCGAGAGCGUAAGCAAUCUGUGGAACCUGACACAGCCGAACGCAGGUUCAAUGUGCUGGAGUCAGAGUUAGAGUUGACCAUGAAGAGGUCUAUACAAAUUAAAGAUAACAAGAUGGCUGUGCUGGAGGCCCGUCUACAAGAAUCCUCUACCCUUAAUCAGCAACUUCGCCAUGAGCUCAGAACUGUUAAACUGAGCUAUGAGGCCUUGCAACAAAAGCAGGAGGAGGAGCUGACUGCAUCCAGCGCCUCCCCACUGAGAGAGAAUGGAAAGGCAAUGAGUGAAUGGCUGCGUGAAAGCCACGAAGCCACCAAAGAGCUGUUGAAUAUUAAAGACAGACUGAUUGAAGUAGAGAGGAAUAAUGCAACACUGGAGACAGAGCGCCAGGCUACGCAGGCCCAUCUGAAGCAGCUGGCAAGUCAGUCUGAUAGUCAACAGGCUCAGAUCCUCGCCCUGCAGAGACAAGCUGCCUCCCUGCAGGAGAACAACACCGCUUUGCAGACACACAAUGCUGACCUGCAGGUGGAAAAUUCCACAUUAAACUCCCAGAUUGCUUCCCUGAUGGCUCAGAAUGCUCAGUUGCAGCAGCAGCAGGUGGGAACAGAAAGCGAGAGGGACAGUGCAGUGCGUGAACGCGAAGAGCUGCGUGGUGCUCAUGAACAGCUAUUACGUGAUCAUGAGCGUCUGGUGGCUCUCCACGAGCGGCAAGCCACAGAGUAUGAGGUCCUCAUGGGGAAACAUGGCUGUCUGAAAAAUGCCCAUCGGACGCUGGAGCUAGAGCACCGCACACUGCAGGACAGGUACAACAACCUGUUGCAGCAACGGACCAAAUUAGAAGAUCUGGAAAAAGCCCUGAAGGAAGAGCAGAUGAGGAUGAGUCUGGAGAAGGAAAAUCAUAGGACCGCUGCUGCUGAAUGUUGCAGGCUUCGGGAUGAGAAAGACUGGCUGAACCAAACUUAUCGUCAGCUUUUGAACGACAAUGAGCUGCUGACAGCAGAUCACAAGCAGCUCAAGAGCCAACUAAAUGAGAGCAAGCUGGCGCACACCUGGCUGGAGGCAGAUUUUUCCAAGCUCAAAAAGGAGUCUCAGCAACUUGAUAUCACCUCCACAAAGCUCACCAACCAGUGCGAGUUGCUGAGCCAGUUAAAGGGGAACCUGGAGGAGGAGAAUCACCAUCUUCUGAGUCAAAUUGACACACUGAUGCUGCAGAACCGAACUCUGUUGGAGCAGACAAUGGAGAGCAAAGAUCUGUUUCACAUAGAGGAGCGACAAUAUAUUGACAAACUUAAUGAUUUGAGGAGGCAGAAGGAGAAGCUAGAGGAGAAGAUAAUGGACCAGUAUAAGUUUUAUGAACCCUCACCUCCUCGCAGGCGAGGAAACUGGAUCACUCUCAAGCUGAAGAAAUUGAUCAAAUCUAAUAGCCAUGAACAGGGACUAGAACACUCUCUCACGCCAACGCAUUUGGAGGCACACCUCUCGUGUCACGACAGCAGCUCCUUCAUUAGUUCAGAUGGCUCUGGAGGCUCAACCUCCACAUCAGCAUGUGACGCCAUAUCACCGCAGCCUAACAACACCCUGAGCAGCUUGAUGUACCCCUCUGCCCCAUUGGAGCAGGAGCAGUGGGCAUACAGCUCUGAGGAGCUGGAAGGGUCGGAAGCUGAUGUGAAGGACAGGAAAAAACGAUUGACGUCAUUCCUUAGCACAUCCAUCUUAUCCACACUUCAUUUGCAUCCCACCACUGAACCAUCCAUCCAACUCCACACCACAGCCAAUGACACUGAUGUCCCAGAUGUGUCAGAGCUGACAGACAAGGAUUCAAAUGAUAGUGCUGUGCCAUCUGGUUUUGAGGACAACGACGAGCUGCAGCAUCACGGGCUUAAUGUCACCCAGAGUCGAGCUCAAAGUGAGAGCAGUGGUGAGUUCAGCAUGAGCCUGGAUAAUGAGCCAUGGUCAAAUGGCAGCAGCCCUGUCCAGCAGCCGCUGUCUCGCCACUCCUCUGUCUCGUACCAGCCGCCCAGUGACACCUCCACAACCCAGCACGCACAGCAAAGCUCCUCCACGGCACACGAGGAGAACGUCUUGGCCAUCCCUGUGACAAAUAGCCAGGAAUCAGACCUCCUAUCUCAACAGAAGGAGUCUACACCAAACCAGGACUUUUGGCUCACAAGGGGAACAAAGAGCAUUAGAAGGGGAUCGAAAGGAAAAGUGACACGUCGCCCGUCACAUUCAGGGGGCAUGUUAAGCACAAAUUUAAGAUCGAAUUCCAGUAAUACCGAAUGUACCCAGACUUCAUCUUGUUCACCAAUUACAGUGUUUUAUGUUCAGGGUAAGUCGUCCUCAAUGUCUGGGUGCCUCAAUUGCUUCUCUAAUCCGCUGGGAAAAGAAGGGCGACUCAAAGGGUACAGGUCGUCGAAAAGUCUUCCUCGCGCCAGCAGUGUCAUUUCCACAGCUGAUGGCUCAUCUAGACGCCCCAGCGUCAACAACGACUGCAAGGUGGGAGUCAAGACGGAGACACUUCCUGCCCCCAUCUCAGAAAAGCGCAAUAACCGAGAGAAACAAGAAAAAGCAGCCACAUCCAAUCAACAACCGCGACAAUUCAGCGAAAGUAGUGGGCCCGGGCUCAGUCCUCCAGUCAAACCUCCAAGAGACCCAACAGUCAUUGUUACCAAAGAACAUCCUAAUCCCCCCGUGCAGGAGUCGGAUUUAAACUCCCCAUUUAGCCUCAAUUCUGUCUUCUCAAACACAAUCUUCAGUGAUUCUGGGCGGAAUUGUCUGGAAGUGCUUGAGAGGAAUGACCAGACAGAUAUUUUUCUCUAUGAGUCCGCCUGCAAAAAAAACUACACUCCAGUGAGCCACAAGUCUACUCAUAACAAAGCAUUCACACUUAACAUGGAAAAUGUACAGAAUCACAAUCUUGAUAAUGGCAAUUGAUUGAAAGAAGGAGCAUAGAGUAUGAGUAAUCUUGUUCAUCUUCUGUUGCAAAUGGAUUCAUAAUAUUACCCACUUUUAUCUGUUACACGCUAAACGUGUAGCAAAUUUUUCCAGCAAUCCAUGUUUUUGUUUCGGUAUUUUAUUCUGCGCUUCUCAGUAAUUUACAGUAAAUGUCUUGUUCACACACUAAGCCAGAGGCGUCUUAACUUUCUCUUCUAAGGGCCACAUACUAAAAAAAAAAAAAGAUCUAAGGAUCCAAGAGCCACGGUCAUUCUUCACCUUUAAUUGAUUUCACAUGCUAAAACCAAUCCCUCACUGAAGGUAACGAUAUGCUGAGCAAUUAUAUUUUGUUUUCGAUGUAUAUUAUUCACAUACAUAUACUGUAUAUCCAGUUGCCUUGAUUCAACCUUUAGAGCAAAAAGUCAAGGAUUUUUCAGGAUUUUUGGUUAGCUGGUGCUGAAUACAUAUAUAUAUAUAUAUAUAUAUAUAUAUAUAUAUAUUCUCUGUGCCCCUUAUACUGAGCAGCAGCAGAAUCACAUCUGUUCUUCCAGAACCAAAACGAGAAUGUAAAUACUGUAGUGCAAUGCGGUCAAAUAACAUGUACAGGCCGUGUCAAAUGUUAACUCGAGUAAAAACGAACGGCACGCUCUCGUUUGGACACCCCUGUGAAGCUCUGUAAUGCAGUUAAGCCUCACUUCACCUAUCAGACAAAACCUUUAUUUGAAAUGUUUGUGACUUGCCGAAAGAUUUGGAUCCUGUAGUUGUGCCCUGGUGCUCAGUUCUUUGGACUUGUUAAACCUAGACUAAUACAUUUUAAUGUGUACCUGAAAGAAAUGUGAUGAUCAUAUGUGAUAAACCAUGUGUGUGAACCAUUGAAGCUGUAACAUGAACGCGUGUGGUUUUUCUU